AUGCUGGGCCCAGUUCUCCUAAGCCUCAGCUUGGUGGCUUCACUGGGCCUCAGGACCGGGGCUUCCUUUUGCCUGUCCCAGCAGCUCCGGGCACAAGGGGAGUAUGUGCUGGGCGGGCUCUUCCCCCUGGGCUUGGCAGAGGAGGCCAGCCUCCACCACAGGAUACGACCCAAUGGCAUCGUGUGCACCAGGCUCUCGUCCCUGGGUCUGUUUCUGGCGAUGGCUAUGAAGAUGGCAGUGGAGGAGAUCAACAAUGGGUCUGCCCUGCUGCCUGGAGUACACCUGGGCUAUGACCUGUAUGACACCUGCUCAGAGCCUGUGGUCACCAUAAAGCCCAGCCUCAUGUUCCUGGCCAAAGCAGGCAGCUACCGCAUCGCCGCCUACUGCAACUACACAAAGUACCAGCCCCGCGUGCUGGCAGUCAUCGGGCCCCACACCUCAGAGCUAGCCCUCAUCACCGGCAAGUUCUUCAGCUUUUUCCUCAUGCCACAGGUCAGCUACAGCGCCAGCAUGGAUCGGCUGAGCGACCGGGAGACAUUCCCGGCCUUCUUCCGCACGGUGCCCAGCGACCGGACACAGCUAGAGGCCAUCGUGGCGCUGCUGCAGAAAUUCCGGUGGAACUGGGUGGCAGCCCUGGGCAGCAAUGAUGACUAUGGCCGGGAGGGUCUGAGUAUCUUCUCGGGCCUGGCCAAUGCACAGGGCAUCUGCAUCGCACAUGAGGGCCUGGUGCCGCUGCCCCGCAUCGAUAGCCAGCCCCUGGGCAAGCUCCCAGAUGUCCUGCACCAAGUGAACCAGAGCAAAGUGGAGGUGGUGGUGCUGUUUGCCUCUGCCCGAGCCGUCCACUCCCUCUUCAGUUACAGUAUCUACCACCGGCUCUCGCCCAAAGUCUGGGUGGCCAGCGAGGCCUGGCUGACCUCAGACCUGCUCCUGUCACUGCCCAACAUCGCCCAGGUGGGCACUGUGCUUGGCUUUCUGCAGCGGGGCACGCUGCUGCCUGAAUUCUCCCACUAUGUGGAGACCCGGCUGGCCCUGGCUGCUGACCCGGCCUUCUGUGCCUCGCUGAAUGCUGAACAAGACCAGGAGGAGCGGGUGAUGGGGCCACGCUGCCCGCAGUGCGAUCACAUCACCCUGCGCAACCUAUCCAGCUGGCUGCUGCAGAACCUGUCGGCUGGGCAGCUGCACCACCAGAUCUUCGCCACCUAUGCAGCCGUGCGUAGCGUGGCCCAGGCCCUUCACACCGCUCUGCGGUGCAACGCCUCCAGCUGCGCCGCGCCAGGGCAGCUGCAGCCGUGGCAGCUCCUGAAGAACAUGUACAACCUGAGCUUCCAAGCUCGAGAGCUGGUGCUGCAGUUCAAUGACAAAGGGAGUGUGGAGGUGGAGUAUGACCUGAAGAUGUGGGUGUGGCAGAGCCCCACACCGGUACUGCUCACUGUGGGCACCUUCAACGGCAGCCUUUGGCUACAGCCCUCACAGAUGCGGUGGCCAAGCAAGGAGGUACCAGUGUCCCAGUGCUCCCGGCAGUGUGAGGAGGGACAGGUCCGCCGAGUGAAAGGCUUCCAUUCCUGCUGCUAUGACUGCAUAGACUGCAAGGCAGGCAGCUACCGGCAGAGUCCAGACGACCUCACCUGCACCCCGUGUGAACAGGACCAGUGGUCCCCAGGGCGGAGCACGCGCUGCUUUCCCCGCCGGCCCAGGUUCUUGGCAUGGGGGGAGCCUGCGGUGCUGCUGCUGCUCUUGCUGCUCAGCCUGGUGCUGGGGCUGGCACUGGCUGCUCUAGGGCUCUUCCUGUGCCACCGGGCUAGCCCGCUGGUGCGGGCUUCAGGCGGGCCUCUGGCCUGCUUUGGCCUGGCCUGCCUGAGCCUUGUCUGCCUCAGUGUCCUCCUGUUCCCAGGCCAGCCAGGACCCACCAGCUGCGUGGCUCAGCAGCCCCUGGCCCACCUCCCGCUCACAGGCUGCCUGAGCACACUCUUCCUGCAGGCAGUGGAGGCCUUUGCAGAGUCGGAGCUGCCGCCGCGCUGGGCAGCCUGGCUCCGCGGCCCCCUGCACGGGCCCUGGGCCUGGCUGCUGGUGCUCCUGGCUGUCCUGGCGGAAGCCACGCUGUGCGCCUGGUACCUGGCAGCGUCCCCGCCACGCCUAGUGACCGACUGGCAGGUGCUGCCCACCGAGGCACUGGUGCACUGCCAAAUGCACUCCUGGGCCAGCCUGGGCCUGGUGCACGUCACCAACGCCGCCCUGGCUUUCCUCUGCUUCCUUGGCACCUUCCUGGUUCAGACCCGGCCUGGCUGCUAUAACCGCGCUCGGGGUCUCACCUUCGCCAUGCUGGUCUACUUCAUCACCUGGGUCUUGUUUGUGCCUCUCCUGGCCAAUGUGCCGGUCAUUUAUCAGCCUGCGGUGCAGAUGGGUGCCAUCCUGUUCUGUGCCUUGGGCAUCCUGGCCAACUUCUACCUGCCUAAGUGCUACCUGCUUCUGUGGCAGCCAAACCUCAACACCCCUGAGUUCUUCCUAGGAGGGAGCCCCAGGGCUACAGCAGAUGCGAGCAGCAGCCGGGGCAGAGGGGCGCUCGAAGAUACAACACGUAGUCCUGACCUGACACCUCCCACACAGGGACCCCAGCCCCAGUAG